AUUAUAGGUUUAUGUGAUGGAAGACUUGAUUUAUGCAGAAAGUACUUAAAUAACAUGCUGGUGAAGUAUCCAAAGGGGGCACUGUUUUUGUUUUUUGAUGGCAGAAUUAAGCAAGUAAAUGGGGAAAUUGAUGAGGCUAUUAAGAGCUUUGAUGACAGUAUUUCAGCUCAGGCUGAAUGGAAACAAUUUCAUUAUAUGUGUUUGUGGGAACAGCAGUGGUGUUAUUGCUAUAAAUGUGACUGGGCUAAUGCUGCUAAAUGUGCAGACAUCUUGAGGAAGGAAUGCCGUUGGUCUCCUGCUACCAGCUGUUAUCUGUAUGCUUCAUUUCUCUACAUGCAGGUACUAGAGGGACGAAAAGACAUGAUGGAUGAAAUAAUUUCUUUGUACAGACAAGUCCCAAACUUAAGGCAACGACUUGCUGGAAAAUCCAUUCCCAUUGAAAAGUUCUGUGUGAAGAAUGCAGAGAAGUUCCUUGGAAAUGGAAAUAAACUUGUACUUCCUAUUUUGGAGUUUGUCUAUAUGUGGCAUGGAUUCCCUGUCAUCUCUAAAGUCCCACCUUUACUUGAAGUUUAUCAUAAAAUGAUUGAAAAAAGCCUAACAGAUCUUCAUGAAACUAGUGGUGAAGUACAGGAAGUAGAUGAUUACUUGAUGCUAACUCUUUUACAAGGAAUGUGUUUAAAGUACCUAGACCGUAUUGAUCAAGCCGAACAGUGUUUUCGAGAAAUCAUUAACAGAGAGGGGGAGAUUAAAGAUAAAUUCCAUCUUCCACCAUAUGCUGCAGCUGAGUUAGCCUUCAUGAUGAUGGAGAAAGGGAAAAAAGAUGAUGCUUUGGAGUGGUUAAAAGCUGCUAAAUUCAAUUAUCAUGGUUACCUGACGGAAGUAGUUCUACAUUUUAGACUUUAUGCAGCCUACAAGAAAUUGAAUGGAAGCCAACAAGGAGAACCUGAAUCACCUACUAUUUGUAAACCAUUGCCGGUUGUUAUUUCAAGAAAAAUGGGUCAUUUGUCAACAAGUUGGACAUCUAACUCUAAACAUGAUCAAUUAUGUGUGAGUCUGUGUGUUAGUAUCCAUCAUCUGGAGUUUGCCGGCUAGAUUACCACAAUGUUUUGUAUGGAAAUUGUCCGACUGUGUACAUGAGCUAUUUUAUUUUAGGAUUUUUAUGUCAGAAGAAGAAUAUAAAAAGAGCAUGAAAUAGGUCACAUUUCCACUUUUUUAUAAUUUUGGCUUUCAUUAGCCACAGUCGGUUGGCUCGAUUACUGUAAUUGUUUCUAUGGUAACUUGUGACUGUCUGGUGAUGUACAUGAGCUGCUUUGUUUUACGAUUUCUACCCAAGAACGGGUAUAAAAAAAACACCCAAAUACAGGACACAUUUCCACUUUCUCAUAGACUUUUGGCUUUGAAUACAAAGAUACAAGUACGUAAUCAGUGAAAUGAAUUUUAUUUUUACUUUUCACAAAGCAUAUGCAAUUAGUAUUUACUGAGGUCAUUAAGGAUUUUUAUAACAAAAGAAAGAAGGAAGUGGAACAUUACCUAACAUUGUCCUUUAUACAGUUUUUUCUUAUAGUGUGGUAUCUUAAUUUGUCACCUAAAUAUAUAAGUAAAGUAUCAUUGUCAAGAAUUUUUAAACUAUUUCUUGAUAGCUUAAUUUCUUAAAAUGUGUUCAAAAGUAAUUUUAAUAAAUCAUUUGCUCCAGG